AUGUCGUUCUCUAUCCGCCUACUGCUCAUCAGCAUUUUCUUCACCUUUGCGACUCACGUCCUGGCGCAGACUGCGUCUUCGGGUGCACCUACCCAGCCGUCUACCCCUCCGAUUACAAGCAGUAGACCACCGCGCGGAAACGGAACGAGCCCGACAUCACCGCCAGAAGUAAGGCCCACUGGAUCGACAGCACCUGAUGUCUAUCUUUCCGUCCCGGAACUGCACGUCGGGCGAAUCGAACUCGGAGUCGAAAAGCUGCGAGCGGAUCUCAAUCUCAACGCCAAAGUCGCAGGUCUUGUCCAAGUCAAUGCCGGAGUCCAGGUUUCUAUCCAGAAGGUCAACAUUACGAUUUCCGACGUGGAUGUCAAUCUCGAGCUGAUCGUGCGACUGGGCAACCUAGUCGAGAUUGUCGAGCGCGUGUUCGAUUCUUUGGACUUGAACCCUCUGUUGAUAGGCUUGAUUGGUAACGUGACCAACUUGGUCGGCGAGGUCAUUGGCGCAGUAGAUGGACUUCUUGGGUCCAUUACGCAGAACGGCAAGACGCUGAACUUCCUGGUCGAUAACUUGGGCAACAUCGUCCAAGAGGUGCUUGGCGGUGCCGGCGGCGCCCUUUCGCAGAUCGUUGGUAACUUCAAGCUGAACAUGACGGAAAUCGUUGGAAGCACGAAGCAAAUCGGUCAAGGCCUCACGCAGAAGACCUUCUCAUACGAGCCAUUGAACGCGCUUGUUGACAUUGUGACCAACACAGCCGGCCAAGUUGUCUCAGCAGUCGUUCAGAAGAAGAAAGGUAGCGGCGGAGGUGCUUCGCCCUCGGCUACUCCUUCAGCGACACCCAUGCCAGUCAGUCUGCCCGUCAGCUCGGCGAGU